AUGGUUUUCGAACCGCCAAGCUGGGUGCCAAAGCUCCCCUUUGACCCUCCAGACAGCAUCCCAAUAGCGGAGUUCAUGACAAACGACAAAUACGCCCGCUACCCUCUCGCCAAAAGCAGGAACCCAUUCACGUGCGGCCUGACAGGAAAGACAUAUGAUUGGAACUCGGUCAUUGAGCGGCGCGACUUUCUUGCCCAGGCCAUCGGAAAGCGGCUCGGGUGGCUGCCGAACGAAGAGACCGAGUGGGACAAAGUAGCCUGCAUAUUUUCGGUUAAUACGAUUGAUUACUUAACAAUCUCGUGGGCGAUACACCGACUCAAUGGAAUCGUCACCCCCGCGAACGCAGCCUACUCGGCCCCCGAACUGACCCAUCAACUCAAAUCCUCGGGCGCAAAGGCACUCUUUGUCGGCGGCCCGCAGCUGCAGAUCGGACUCGAGGCCGCCAAGGCCGCAGGCAUCCCGAAGGACAAGAUAUGGCUGAUGGGCAUGCCCGGCUUCGAAGAGGCAGAUGGCUUUGUGACGGUCGAGGACCUCAUCGCAGAGGGCGCCAAGCUGUCCCCACUCGACGCGCUGCAGUGGAAGAAGGGCCAGGGAGAGCGACAGCCGGCAUUCCUGUCCUACUCGAGCGGGACGUCGGGGCUGCCCAAAGCUGUCAUGGUCUCACAUCGAAACGUUGUUGCAAAUGCGAUGCAGCACGUCGCCUACGAGUCCGUCUCCAGGAAGAAGCUCGGCAUCUCCACCCAGACUGUUCUUGGCCUUCUCCCGCUGAGCCACAUCUACGCCCUGGUCGUCAUCGCACACAAUUGUACCUACCGAGGAGAUGGAGUUGUUGUAUUGCCCAAAUUCGAGAUGCCGACGUAUCUGUCGGCCAUUGAGAAAUUUAAGAUCAAUCAUCUCUUUUUGGUACCGCCAAUUGUGAUACGCAUGACCAGGGUACCGGAAGAGUGCAACAAGUACAAUCUUGACAGCGUCAGGGUCGUCUUCUCUGGUGCGGCGCCGUUAGGAGAGGAAACAGUCCUAGACAUGAACAAAAUAUGGCCAAAAUGGCGCGUGGCUCAAGGCUAUGGUAUGACCGAGACAGCGACCAUUGUCACGUCAAACAGCGAAGACGAUAUCCUGAACAAGUCCUCCGGCUCUCUCCUGCCAGCCACAAGAGCUAAGAUCUUUGGCCUGGAUGGCACGGAAGUCAAGGGCUACGACACACCGGGCGAGCUCUGGGUGCAGUCUCCCUCAGCAACGAUUGGUUAUCUCAACAACCAGAAAGCGACAACUGAGACUUUCGUGUUUGACGAGGAUGGGAGAUGGGUACGCACCGGUGACGAAGCGGUCGUGACGUUGGCGCCCUCCGGAAACGAGCACAUUGUGAUCGUGGACAGGAUCAAGGAGUUGAUCAAAGUGAAAGGCCACCAGGUCGCUCCAGCAGAACUCGAGGCCCACCUCCUGUCCCAUCCGGCUGUAGCCGACUGUGCUGUGAUCCAAAUUCCGGAUGACUCCGCAGGCGAGGUACCGAAAGCAUUCGUUGUAAAGGCGCCGGCUUUCGCCAACAAGCCUGAAGACGAGGUUGUGAAGGCUAUCCUGAAGCACGUGGAGGAGCACAAGGCACCGUACAAGUGGAUCAAGGGCGGCAUUGAGUUUCUCGAAGUGGUCCCGAAGAGCCCCAGUGGCAAGAUUCUGCGCAGGUUGCUGAGGGACCAGGAGAAGACUUCGAGGACAAAGAAAGGACCCAAGCUCUAG